UUUAACGUUUUUAGCCUUGCAAGGUUUUUGUGAAGAAGUAGGCUCUCUGUUUCCCACCUGAAAUUAGAGAGAGAGAUGAGAACCAGGUUCAGUCCAUCCUCUGUCGCCCCAUUCCUGUUUCGUUCUCACACCACACACAGAUUCCUCUCCUCAUCUUCCACCUUUAGCCGAAACCAAACCUUAGAACCAGAGGCUCCUGAGGAUUUCGACGGUAGCACUUCAGAAACUGAACUCACAGCCCCCAGUGGGUCACCCAGGUACGAAUUCGACCAACCCAUUUCAAAAAGUUCUCAUCUUGACCAGACCCAUGUGAUAGAACUCCUGUUAACCCAUAGGAAAAACCCUAAUUCGGCCUUGAGAUACUUCAAAUGGGCCAAGAAACAACGCGGUUUCGUCCACUCCAUCGACCCAUUUUGUGUUUUGCUCCACAUACUAAUGGAUUCGCCGAACCAUCACCGAAUUGCUCAUACUAUGCUUAAUCGAUACAUUGCGGGGGAUUCAGGUCCCUCUGCUUGUGUUCUGGUUGAUCACUUGGUUGAAUGGUUGAGAAAGUGUGAGUUCAAAUCAGAUUCGCGGGUUUUUAAUUAUUUGAUGAAUAGUUAUGUCAGAGCUUGUAAAUUCAGAGAUGCUAUUGAUUGCUUUGAUAGAGUAGUUGAGAGCGGCAUAGAGCCUUGGGUUCAGUAUAUAAAUAUUCUUUUAACUGCACUUGUUCGAAGGAACAUGACUGUUGAAGCACGGGGUUUGUACAGUAAUGUUGUGUUGAGGGGAAUUAAUUACGAUGGAGUUACUAUAGACUUAAUGAUGCGUGCGUGUUUGAAGGAGGAAAAAUUUGACGAGGCAGUACGGUGCUUUAGGGAAGCUAAGGCUAGUGGCCUUAUGCUGGAUGCAGUUGCAUAUGGUACUGCUAUUCGGGCCUUUUGUAGUAAACUCAAUUCAAUUGUGGCAUGCGAGUUGUUGAAUGAGAUGAGGAAAAUGGGGUGGGUUCCUUCUGAGGGUACAUUUACUGGUGUAAUUGGAGCUUGUGUGAAGCAAGGGAACAUGGUGGAUGCUUUAAAACUGAAGGAUGAAAUGGUUAGUUGUGGAAAGCCAAUGAAUUUGGUAGUUGCAACGUGCUUGAUGAAGGGGUAUUACAUGGCAGGUGAUUUGGAUAGUGCUUUGAAUUUGUUUGAUGAGAUUGUUCAAGAUGGACUUAUGCCAAACAAGGUCACUUACUCAGUUCUGAUUGAAGGAUGCUGUAGGAAUGAAAACAUGGAGAAGGCAUCCGAAUUAUACACCCAAAUGAAACUUGCAGGUAUCCAGCCAAACGUCUAUAAUGUGAAUUCAUUGAUACGGGGAUAUUUGAGAGCUCGGAUGUGGGAAGAGGCAUCCAAGUGGUUUGAUGAGGCGGUUGAGUGUGGGAUUGCCAACGUCUUUACUUACAAUAACAUGAUAUUCUGGCUCUGCAAAGAGGGUCAGGUUGAUGAAGCCUGCAGUCUAUGGCAUUUGAUGAUGAAUAAGGGAGUGAAACCAAGCAUAGUUUCUCACAACAAUCUGAUACUUGGUCACUGCAGAAAAGGGAAUAUGGAUUUGGCGUCGUCUCUAUAUUCGGAUAUGCUGGAAGUAGGUUUGAAAGCUAAUGUAAUCACGUACACUAUUUUAAUUGAUGGAUAUUUUAAGAAAGGUGACACUGAACAAGCACUUGGUGUAUUUGAUCAGAUGGUGAAGUUGGGAAUUGCCCCCACUGACUUCACAUACAAUACCAUCAUCAGUGGGUUAUGUAAAGCUGGCUGCACAUCUGAUGCAAUGGAUAUGCUGAAAACUUUUGUGGAGAAAGGCUUUAUCCCCCUCUGUAUGUCUUACAAUAUCAUUAUAGAUGGUUAUAUCAAAGAGGGCGCCAUCACCUCUGCAUUGUCUGUUUACAGAGAGAUGUGUGAAUGUGGGGUUUCCCCCAACGUUGUCACUUACACCAGUUUGAUUGACGGGUUUUGCAAAAGCAAAAAUAUUGAUCUAGCUUUGAAAAUGCGGAAUGAGAUGAGAAACAAGGGUCUUGAAUUGGAUGUCACUGCUUACAGCGCACUCAUCGAUGGAUUUUGCAAAAGAAGAGACAUGGAAAACGCUCGUGAACUCUUCAAUGAACUUCUUGAAGUUGGUUUAUCUCCCAAUGGAGUUGUUUAUAAUAGUAUGAUCAGUGGAUUCAGAAACUUAAAUAACAUGGAAGAAGCUCUUGCCCUGUUUAAGAAGAUGACCAAUGAGGGGAUCCCAUGUGAUCUGGUAACAUACACUACGUUAAUAGAUGGUUUGCUGAAAGAGGGGAAGAUAGUCUCUGCAUCGGAAUUGUAUAGUGAGAUGCUUGGAAAGGGCAUUUCGCCUGACGACAUCACAUAUACUGUCCUGGUUCAUGGUCUUUGUAAUAAAGGUCAACUUGAGAAUGCACACAAGGUAUUGGAAGAAAUGGAUCGGAAGAAUAUGACUCCCAAUGUUCUUGUUUAUAACACAUUGAUUGCUGGAUACUUCAAGGAGGGGAAUUUGCAAGAAGCUUUUAGGUUGCAUGAUGAGAUGCUUGACAGAGGUCUUGUGCCUGAUGAUACAACUUAUGAUAUUCUUGUAAGUGGAAAGUUUAGAGGGAAUAACUUCCAUAUUGGGACUUCAAGCUCCUAGAUAACCAGUAAAAUGGAUUAAUUUGGUAUGCGGGUGUGAUACAAAAUAUCACUGGAGUUCAUUCUCGUGUCUGUUGUAAUGGCGGAAAAUGAUUUUUGAGCUAGCUCCAUCUGAUUGAGAAACAAGGUUUGCUAUGGUUUUGCUGCUCUUUCUAAGGAGGUGAUUUGCUUUUGUCCCCUCACUGGAUCAUCGAGAGCAAAACACCAUUGGCAUGUGCACUGCCAACUUUUACUGGAUCUUGUCCUUUACAGGCCUGAAGGCUUUCUGGGACUCGGUCUACUUCGCUAAAUGGAAGCGGGGUUUCGCAUAAUGGUUUCAAAAGUAAGAGAGGCCUGAAUAUUUUCCGAAAUCCUAGGAGAUGACAGUGUAUUUGUUAGAAACCUUAGGAGAGGUUAGUGUAAUUUGUCGUUUUCAUUGUUGUUUUCCAGAGCUCUUGUAAUCCAUUGCACAAAAAGUAUAGGAAUAAUAAUAGAAGAUGUUUCAAGGAGUGUAUCAUCUUUGUUAGUAUCAGUUCUUGUAGUAUCGAGCAACCUGAAUGAAAAUUUCUAAGAAGCACGAACACAAUUAUGGAU